AUGUCUUGGGUUCUCACCAGAGAUUGUCGCGGCUCCGGAGCCGGCUCUUGGCUCCGGCUCUUGGCUCCGGCUCUUUUCUCCGGCUCUGAGCGGCUCCGGCUCAGUUAUAAGCCAAAAGUCGGACGCCAACGGUCAUCCUCGCUCUUGCAAGAGUCACGACGUUUCCUGAGGGCUGCGACGGGGCUAUUGGUAGUUGCCAUACGAUCCUACCUGCAGCUGGCGUCUUGUUUAACUCAAUUCCCAGAAAUUGGUUCGGCAAGAAGGUUUGCAACGUCAUUUGUCACAAAACAGAGCAUUUUCUUCUUUUCUUCUUGUCCAACUUCAAUUUACCCUAAUAAGAAGGGAUGUACGAUAAAACAGAUUUUCGUACACCAAGUGCGACAUACAAAACUUCGUUAAAUUUUGCGCAUACUCCGAUAUAAACCAUAUCAAUUCCUGAAUGUUUUAGCUCUCGCUUUGCAUGCCCAGCCAAGAUAUUCAACAGUCUUUGCCGUCGAGAUCAAAAUCUUUACCAAGUUUCGUCAAAAUCUGAGCGCCGCACUUGGAGCAUUUCCCCUGUGAAUAACAUAACUGUGACAAAAGUACAUAUUUUUUAAUUGUGCAGUCCGUCAGGCUCGUUGUACAUACGUAUAAUAUUUACAAAGUUUGACUAACUGUUUCUUUGCUGAAUAAACCUUUGGUGGCUUUUGUACAACGAUUUGUUAACUUUUUUUGCUGUUCAGUUUCCACAGCGCCUCUUUAGCAGCCAAAUUAUGGGUCUGUUUACCUCUCCGACCCUUCUGUUGCCUAUUUUCGGGUUCCCGGAAAAGGUUUUGUCGGUAAUUCAAUUUUAAAAAUUUGAGGAAAAUUUACGUUUGCCGCAAUUUUCGGAUUUUGGAACAGCUCCGUGUCAGGAACAAAAAAUAUUGUUUUUACGGUUAACGAAAUUUUAAUUCGAUUCUUAGCGUUUAUGGGUUAUUAUUAUACUGCCGGCUGAGAUUUGAUUACAUCUUUUAGCGGAAAAAACAAAAAUGACGACAAAAUUGACUUAAACCUAUGCAGACAUAUGAUGUAGUACGUUUUACUACUCUUACUAUGCCUUCUCAACAGUGCGUAGACACUUCUUCGCGGCACAGAGUGCAUUUUUGUUCUUUUUGCACUGUGUAAUUGUUGCCCAAAAUUCGCGAACGAAUUAUUAGUCUGUCGGGAAAAUAAUGGGCACAAUGUAGUGCGCCACACGUCGCUGAAGUUGAAUACAACGUGAUUUUGCCGCGGCGCAAUUCAUUUUCUUUACGGCCGUGCGAUUUUUGAUGAGACAGAGACUAUCAUCUGUCUGGAAAAUAAUGUGUAUUUGUCGCUGAAAAUUGCCUUGUCAUAUUAGACUUCUUUUAAAAACAACUUAUUUUUGCCUCGGCGCAAUUUAUUUUCCCGGCGGCAAUGCGAUUUUUGAUGCGACAGAGUACUCAUUAUUUUCCCGACAAACUGAUAGUACAUAUUCGGGGCAAUUUACUCCGCCGCCGUUUGCGGAGACGCGACGUGUCGAGGCCGGCUCUCCGCACAGUGCAGACAUGUCAAUAUUUUUUCUAUCCACAUAGUAUGUACUUAAUUUUGCAAAAAAACCCUCUAUUAAUAGUCCAAGUGCCACUCCGAACUUUAUUGCACUCGGUCUACUACUCCCCAAUCCCUAUCAAUCACUUUUGGCCCUAUGGCAAUCAAAACAAAAAAAAGUAAAAACGUUUUGUCAAUCAGUCUUUUUUUGUUUGUGUUGAAAUCCCCGGCCUUUGAUUACAUGUUUUUUUUUUGAGACAAACGCCCGAUGGACGUUGGCACGUGGAAACGUGUCCGGUUUAAUGACUUUUGGAAGCAAAUUUGCCGGUCCUUAUAAUCGAGCCGGCUCUGUUUAUAGCGGGAAAAAUCGUGAUUUUUAUUGCUUUUUGGGCUUUUUGGUGGAUGAUAUUAUUAUACAAUGUCAUCAACGGUCCCGGACAGGACCAUGUGGCAAAAAACGCAGCUAAUGGAGUCUCAGUUGCAAUAUGUUGCAUCGCUUUGUGCCCUCUUAUUGACCGGGAAUAAUAUCCUUUUUCAUAGAUUUCCAAGGGAGCCAGAGCCGGCUCCAGAGCCAUGUCUAGUCCAAAUAGCCUGCCGAAACACUGAAAUUACUUUUUUGGUUAACUUUUAAGACUCAGCAGCCUAUCCAACCCUUGGUUAGCCAUUUGGAUGAUUUUUUUACUAAUAAAAUCGCCCUGUCGGGGAAAUAAUGUGGAUUUGUAGCAGCAAAAUGUCUUUUCCGUCGCAGUCGCGCACCAAAUCUCCAGCCAUGGCUAGACGUUGCAAAUCGAUGAUUUGCGAGUCCAAGGCGCGACGAAUUCACAAUAUUUUAUCGACAGAACGAUAGUUGAUAUUUUCAGUACAAUGGCUGUUCCGAUUGUGCGAAAGCGCCCGAUGAACCAUCCAUUAUGGUUCAUCACCACCAUCGAAUUUGUCACCAUGAUCUACAGUCUGAAUGCGCUUUUGCAUGACCCGUCGUUGGCCAGGAUUACUCCGGAGUUUGGAAAUUGGGUAAGCAGUACAGUGUACAGUCUGUCGGGAAAAUAAUGAGUACUCUGUCGCAUCAAAAAUUGCCUCGUCGCAGAGAGAAAAAAUUGUGUCGCGUCAAACUCAGAUUGCUUUCACUUCAGCGACGCGAUCGGCGCACUGAAAAGGUGCUCAUUAUUUUCAUGACAGAGUGAUAGUACAGAAGUAAAUUACUCUUCGUUUGCAGGGCCCAAUUCUCCAUUGGCUGCAGUACGUGGUCCUCAUAUUUUCGAUAUUUACGUUUUCCUUAUUUUUCAAACGCUCAUGGCUUCGCUCUUACGGCUAUGGAAGAUCAUGGAGGAACCGGUUUCGUCAUCAUGUCUGUAAGUUUAGCUCUUUCAAAAUAAAGGAUUUUGCACUGUCGGCGCGCACUGCGAAUUUCGCACGCCGCCGGACAUGUCAAGAGUUUUUGUCCUUCCUGGUACUACCCGAGACCAAAUGUCUUGAUAAUUUCGUCCGGGUAGCGCGGUUAGGCAUUAUCAGUCUGACUGGAAAAAUUUUAAACAGUAGGGAGGGCAAUGUAACUGCACCGACCGUGCCGGUGAAGUCAAAAGAAAUAUGUUUUUCCCGCGGCACAAUUCAUUUUCUCGGGGGCGGUUUCGACGCGAAGGAGUGCUCAUUACAGACUAAUGAACCCUUUUUUAGGUGGCUUCUUUGCCCUACUCUUGACUCUUGUCGCGAUCACGUCUACCAUCCUAUGGCCCGGCUACUUCAAGGACGUUGGCUUAUAUUUUACCCUAUUGGCCAAGUCCUUCUUCUUCCUCUUCUUUCUGUAUUGGCGCAGAGAGAAUUUGGUAGGCCUCUUUUUCCCUAAAAACCCUUGUUUCGCAAUUGUCAGAUAGAGCAAUACGUUGAAGAGAUGAUGCAUGUGAAUGGCUCGAGUUCCAUUUUACUGACCUCCCAAAACAUAAGGGACAUGUACAAGUUGUUCGAAUGCGACAACGAAUUCAUCACCUACGCCGACGCUUGGCCAAUCUUUUGCUCGAAGCACAAAGUGCAAGGGAUUCGGCAGAGCGAAUACUAUCAUCUCCAAAAAUGGCUCCACGAUUUGGCUGGCUACAUGGACAAUGGAGGACCGGUUGACGAUUUGUACGAUAUCAUGAAGGUAAGUGCGUUAAAGCUGUCGAAAGGCCCGACAACCCAGUAACCGAUAAAGAUGAGAGCUAAGUCGUCCAAGAGUCAAGUGAUUUGUUGACUGGAAAGAAGGCCUUUUAUAGGGAAACCCCACGUAGAAAAGGACAAUCAAACUUGCAUAAAUGAAGACAGUUUCUCGUGGGAAAAUCCUCAGAAUUUACAUACGGUCUUCUGCACGGGGACUAAGCGUUUUUUUUAGCUCAUGCAAAGUGCAGAAGAGCGGAAACUGUAAAGUGAUUUUGCUUGAAAGUAAUACGCUUUUUCAAAAGUGCGUAGACUUUUUGUCGCAACGCCUUGAAUUCGAAAACCAAGGCUUACUUUGCACUGUUUGCGAACGAACUAGUAUUUUAAUUGCAAUCAAAGUUCAAUGGCUAUGAUCACUAGCUAUUGGGAUUAUUAUGGGAUUAUUAAAAUCUACUUCGUGAAGAGACUAUCAAAAGUUAUCGCUUCAAAAAAAAAGUUUUUCAGGAGAUGCAACUCCGCUGCGAAUUCUUCGACGUCCAGAAAUCGGAGCAACGGAGAUAUCAGCAACUCGCGGCGCUACAGAACAUCAUCCGCAUCGAUCCGAUUAACUUGGGACAAUCGAUGAGCCGGACGAUCAACAGAGACUCUUCUUAUCUUGUUCAUGAAGGCCAGAAGAUUGAGGAACUGGUGUGA